AUGGACGGAACACAAUGUGAGUAUUGGUGUAAUCGGCUAUGUGAUGUUGGAUUGGAUUCGAAACAGAAGACAAACACUGCAAUUGAAAUUCGAGAUGCAUUAGACGAUGUACUACUUAGUCAAAGAAGAGAUUUUGAACCUUUAAAGCCUCUUUUAGAAGCAAUUAUAACUCUUCUUGAGAAAGAACAACCUGUCUUUUCAUCCUUAGCAGCUACUCACCGGCUUCGCAUUACAUUACUAGAAGUACUGAAGAAAAUCUCAAUGUAUAAUGAGUUUGAAGCUUGGGUUAACAGAACCUUUAAGCUACUACUUUUUAUUAUAGUCAAUGAUAAUGAGGAAAUGGUUGUUCUAGCUUUGAAGCUAAUAGUUCAUUUAUUCAAAGACUUCAGCAUAGCUUCUAAAGCACAUGUUAACGACUUUUUAUGUCUUGUUGCCGAUGCUUACAAUUCAAUGCCUUCUGUUAUCGCAGAAGCCGUCCCUUCACGGUCUGGCCCAAGUACUCCCUCCUCUCAUCCUGCCUCUGGGCCUUUGUCUGCUUCACCUACAGAGAUUGGUUUUGAGUCUACGGGCUCGAAAUCCAUUCCUAAAGCUUCCUUGAGCUUUAAGAUGCUUAACGAAUGUCCCGUUAUAGUAUUUCUUUUAUUUCAGACCUACAAAGACUUAAUUCCAAGAUGGUUACCUAUACUUGCAUCCCUAGCUGUGCAGUUUAUAUCUCUUCGUCCCACGCCACAAGCUGAGGCUCACAGGUUAGCUGCUUCGCAAAAUGAAGUCUUUUCGGGGGUUGUACCGUCUUUGCGACGAAACUCUCAAUAUAACGAUCUGAUGUCUGCUCAAGUUAAAUCUUUUUCUUUUCUUGCAUACUUAGUACGUGGUUUUGGUCCUUCUUUAAAGCAAUUUGAGAAUUCGAUUGCCCAUUGUACAAUGCAGCUGUUUACUGACUGCCCUUCUGAGUUAUAUCAUACAAGGAAAGAAUUGCUUGUUGCUACGAGGCAUAUUCUUUCAACGGAUUAUUUGAGGAGCUUUAUUCCCUACAUAGACCAAUUGUUGGAUAUUAAAAUAUUAGUCGGCCAAGGUGUAAGUGUUCAGCGUUGCUUAAAACCAAUGGCUUUUAGUACAUUGGCUGACCUACUUCAUCACGUACGAAUGGACCUUACACCGAACCAAGUAUACAAAGCUAUAAAUAUUUAUUUUGGUGUUAUUAUGGAAGAAAAUUAUACUUCUGCAAUACAAGCCAUGGCUACGAAAUUGAUACUAAAUAUGACUGAAACAAUUGUUGCCUUUAACGAUUUUUCGGUUCGUCGUCCUCUUUUAUUUGUAAUACUUAAUAACCUUUUGAGGAAGCUUCAACUUUUAAAUUCUGAUUUGGAACAACUUCAAAAUAAUAUGAAGAAGGCUGAUGAUGCUGAUGAUGUUAACGUUCAAAUCCAUGAUUUACCAAUGUUCAAAAACCCAGGUGCUUCACCUGAGGUUUCUAUUCCAGAAAAAAUAAAAGGUCGUCUGUUUCUAUUUAAAAAUAUUGUGCUUGGAUUAAAGACAGUCUUCUAUGGGUUGAAGCAAUGUAAUUUGCCUGUUCCACCCGGAUCAAUAUUUACGCAGCAAGAAUGGUCUUCAAAACUACAUUUUGGCUCGAAAUCUGAAUUAAGCAUAAUAAGCGAUAUAUUGAUUGAAAGCUUAAAGGGUUUCCGAUACUAUCAAGUUGAAGAGUCCGAAGAAUUCUUGAAGAGUGAGAAGUCCGUUUCUUCUUCCCAAGAACCUGCUCCUCCUCCAGCUCAGACGACGAAAUUAGUAGAACAGAAAGAACUUAUAGAAGUUUUGGCAACUCUUUACAUUCGUAUGGACCCGUCAAGUUUUGUUGAAAUUCUAGAAACUACUUUUCCAAAAAUUUUUAACUGUUUAGUCGAAAAUCUUGCUUUGUUGCACUUAAUUCAGUCAUGGAUGACAGCCGAGAUAACGUCUUUAAAUAGCACAAACAUUAUUCUCUCUUUUUUAUGCAAAAAGAUUGUGAAAGUUGGUACUGAUCAAUCUUCGGAAAUUUCUGUCUUACUUCGUCUAUUUAAGCUUGCCUUUAUGACCGUCAAUAUCUAUCCUGAAAAAAAUGAGGAAGUGCUACGUCCUCAUAUUUCAUUUAUUAUAUCUAAUUGUUUAGAAUUAUCCACUAGUGCUUCACAUCCUUUAAAUUAUGCUUACCUGUUGAAGGCGUUGUUUCGAAAUAUUAGCGGAGGUAAAUUUGACUCUCUUUACAAAGAAAUAUUGCCAUUAUUACAACUAAUGCUAGAAUCAUUUAAUAGGUUAAUGUAUACAGCUACCAUUACUUCACACAAAGAGCUUUAUGCUGAGCUGUGCUUGACUUUACCUAUUAGACUCAGUGUUCUUCUUCCACAUAUGAACUAUCUAAUGAAGCCUCUUGUCAUUGCAUUCAAAGGCUCUCCUGAAAUUGCCAGUCAGGGUCUUCGGAUUUUUGAAUUAUGUCUAGACAAUCUCACCCAGGAGUUUUUUGAUGCUUUAUUAGAACCAAUAAUGCCUGAUUUGCUAUCGUCACUUUGGAAUCAUUUACGUCUAACUCAGUCGAACAUGCAUUUACAUCAAAGUACUGUUCGCAUUUUAGGAAAAAUGGGUGGGAGAAACCGACAAAUUUCUAUUGGCACAUUUGGGUUCGAUAAUCUUAAAGGACCGAGUGAUCUUUCAGCAUUGAAACUGACGUUCUUGAAUUCAAAUAAGUCAAUGGACUUCCACUUUUUCCAGUACCUGUUUGCUGCUUCUUCGACUAUCAAUGAUCAGAAAUCAUCCAGAACUGAAAGAUCUGAUGCAUUUCGAUUUUUAAAAAAUUCUUUAUUAGCCCUUUUUGACUCUUCUAUUGAUUCUGAUAUCAUUUGGGACAAAGUACAUAUAAUAUCCCGUCAUUUGGCUGAAAUUUCAAGCGAACAGAUUGAGAACCUAAAUCUUCAUACUUUGGGCCCCAUUAAAAAUGAGAAGUUUUAUCAGCAAAACCUAAUGGUAUCUACGAUCUUCAAGUCUUUAAUUGAAGCUCAAGCUUUAAGUGACUUUAAAGAUGAAGCCGGUUUUGUACUCAAGCGUUCUGCUGAAUGGAUUGUGAUUACUAGUAUAUUAAAAGUUCAUGAAAGCUUAGCUUUGAAGAAUCAACAGGAGAUGUUUGAAAAAGAAGCGAAUUCAAGCUAUCUUGACAUUACAUGUUUUAUUGAUGGGAUUUUACUCUCUCUCUGUUCUGAAGAUAGCAGAACGAGAGAAAAUUCAUUGACUUUAAUAAAUCAUUAUUUAGAUACCCAUAAAGUUUUGAUGGACUCCGAAUCCAAUAUUUGGAAGCUUCCGAGCUUCCAACAGCUUUUCAAAACGCUAUGUCAAUAUUGUUAUAUGGAAUUAUGGUACCAGAAAAAUGCCGGGUUUUUAGGAUUGAGGUCUUUAUUUUCAUGCACGAUAGACAAAAAGCACUGGCUUGAAUUUAAACUGACAGAAAUAUUGAGAGCUUUAUUUUUUAUCUUGAAGGAUGUUCCAUCUGAUUUUGGUGUUCUACGGCUAACAGAAGUUCAGAAUUUUAUAAUUGAUGUGGUAAGACAAUACUGCACCGAUAAUAGUACACGUACUGAAGACGAAGUAAAACAUCUGUUAUCAGUUUUUAUGCCGUUUUGUCUCGAAUUACCCCAUCCAAAUGAUCAAAUACGAGCUACUGUUAAGCAGCUAAUUGAUACUAUCUCAAAAGAUUGUAAUAUUACCAUAGAAACCCUAUUAUCUCCAGCUAAGGAAGCUUUACUUGGUCCAAUAUUCGGAAAGCCGUUGAGAGCACUUCCCUUUACUAUUCAGAUUGGGCAUAUAGAUGCCAUAAAUUAUUGCUUACAGCAGGCACCAUCAUUUCUGGGCUUGAGUGACGAAUUAAUUAGACUAUUUCGAGAAACUAUAGCCAUAGCCGACGCGGAAGACGAUGCCUUAGUUACGAUGUUGAAAACUUCACAAAGUAAAGAUACAUCUUCGUUAAGAAAGUUGAGGGCUACUUGUUUGCAAUUACUAUUUUCUUCUCUUGUAACCUUAAAAUUUGACCAUCCACAGCAUUUUCCGACGAGGACUAAAAUAAUCGCAAUUUUCUUUAAAUCAUUGUAUUCUUCUCAGGAAGAUAUAUACUCUGUGGCUAUACCUGCGUUGAAAUACGUGUUAACGCAGAAUCAAAAACUACCGAAAGAGCUGCUUCAAAGUGGUUUGCGACCUGUCCUAAUGAAUUUGUCAGAUCAUAAUAAGCUAUCUGUAAGUUGUCUCGAGGGUCUUUCUAGGCUCUUAAGAUUGCUGACAAAUUAUUUUAAAGUUGAAAUAGGUCGAAAAUUACUACAGCACUUUUCGGCAUUGUCGGAAACAAAUGAGUUGGAACGUUUGUCAGUAUAUUCUUUAAAUGGCAAUCAAAAGAUAGAUAUGAUUGUUACGCUUGUCAGUGUUUUUAAAGAUUUGCCUCCUUUAUCAGUGCAGUUUUUGGGUGAUUUAAUAACAUCAGUCGGAAAUGUUGAAAAGGUUGUUCGUCGAUUUUUGUCAAGCCCAUUGCGACGUCCUUUAAAUGAGUUUUUAGACUUCCAUGCUAAAGACUCUUGGAUUUACGUCAUUAACCAUAUAAACAAUCCUGAUAUAGUUAACUGGCAUUUGCAAGCAUUAAAAGAUCCAGCUUGUAAUCAACUUCGUGAGAUGUCUUCCUCGUUUUGGGACAAGAUCGUUGAGCUGGUUUCGCAGACUUUAAGUGCUGAUAAUAUGACACCAGUAUUUGCUGUGAGUAUAAUGGCAGAAAUAUUUUCCAAUGUUGGUACGAUUCAGAAUGCAGGUGUUGUUUCCGCUAAGCUAAUUGUACUAUCCAAAUCGAUAUAUGAAAUCCUAAGUAAUUUUAAUGGUUGGACGUAUCUAUGUCUUUCGUCCUGUUUGGAUUCGAUAACUAAACUAUUACUAUCACUAUUGGAGUUAAUUGACAAGAAGUUAGAAUUUGCUCUCGAGGUUUUUCGAUUUAAAGCGGAGGACAUUCACAAUUUCUUGCCUACCUAUAUUGAUGUUUUAUGCCAAUCUUUACUUGAAGGAAACGCUUCUGCUAAAAAGAACGUUUUUCUCAUCUGCUCCAGCAUACUGGCUGACAAAUCUGUCAGGCCUUCUUUUAAAUCUUUUUUGCUUGAAAAGAUAGUAAAUCCUCUAAUGUUUUCUGCAGUUCAAGAAAAUAAUUUUGUCGAUAAGGAAGUUAUACACUCAGUUUAUAGUAACAUAUGGCGGUUGUCUGUCCGGGAAGUCAGUGACAAUUCAACAACCUCAGAUUCUUUCCGAAUGGGAAUUCUGUGUUUGUCUACAGGUCUUUGUAAAUAUCAUGCUGAUAUGCUGAAUGAUUACAGAAAAAGCAUCAUAAUGUCUGCUUGGAACUAUUUCAAGUCGGACGAUCCGAUGGUGAAGCAAGCGGCUUAUGCAGCAGUCUCUUGUUUCAUUGCUAUCUAUGAUACUCCUGCUAAGAUAGUUACCCCGGUAUAUAUAUCUUUAUUAAAAGCAUAUCAAGCAGAAGUUCGAUCAUUUUUGGAUUUUUCCAUGGAUUGUUUACUUCCUGUAAUUGUCACCCGUCUUGCAAGCCCGUCUGAUGCUUCUUUCCCUCUCUGGGCUAAGCUUCCUCGUCUUGUUGUAUCAGAAGACGCGCAAAACGUUUCUCAGUCUUUGAAUGUCUAUAAAGUCAUUUGCAAAGCUCCUGAUUUGUUUUUCAAAAGCUCAAAGCAUUUUGUUAUUCCAAUAAUUAAUGCAUUACCGAAGCUGGUUUCCUUACCUAGUCAUGAACCUCGUUUUCUUGCUAUAGAUUUGGUUAAUGUUCUCUACCUAUGGCAAAAAAAUAUGCUUGAUUCAGACAUACCCAACAUGUCAUCCGAUACCAUCUUUCCGAUUUCUGUGAUUGAAUCUGUGUUGUCAUUUCUCCUUAAAUACUUGUCUUUUUUUCCGGAGCAAGUAGAGUCUGCUGGUUUGUCUAAGAGGGCUUUGCAAAUAUUUAGUCAAUUUUUGAAAAUUCCGAGAUGGGGUGAAUACAAUUUUGGCUGGGAUUUUUUUGAGAAAUUAUUAGCUAAGACAGAUAAUGAUGAGAAGACUGCUACAAUCAUAGCAAACUUAUGGCAAGUUUUGGGUGUAUAUUUGGAACAUAAAGACUUGAAUUUUGUUCAAAGGGAGCAUACCAACAUAAUUAAAUUAAUAGACAAAAACUUGAGGUCUGGACGAUUAAAUAUUGCAUCUUCUUUAAAAAAGACUAUAACUAUUUUGCUAGAAAGUCGACCAACUGUGGUGGAAGAUGAGGAUGAAGUAACAGAGGUAGACGAAUUCAAACAGUCUUUCACGUCACUUUUGCAUGACAACCUUUCGAAUGGAUCAAAUGUGGAAGCGACAAUUUGCUAUUUGCAAAUUAUACAAGAGAACCAGCCGGAAUCAUUGGACGCGUUACUAACGGCACUAAACAAGGUUUUUCAAAAAAUUGCGAAGGAUCAUAUAGUUGCUUGUUUACAGCAUUCAUAUCAAUCAGCAACUAAAACAAAUGUUCCUGCAAUUAACGAUUCAGCAAACCUACUAGUGGCGUUAAUUGACAUUAUAAAAGUCAGAAUGGCUGCUUUGGGUGAUCAGAGACGCUGGUUCUUAAGUGUUAUUGUUCAGCUUAUUGAGAAAAGUGCUAGCUAUCAUCUUUGUUGUCAUAUUUUAAACGUUACCAAGGAAUGGGUAGUCAUAAAAAGGGAUUCAUUCCUCACGGUCAAAGAAAAGACAGCCUUACUCUUAAAGAUGAAAACAUUCGAAGGAAGAUUUGAUAAUGAAUUGCACAAACAGGCGAAUAAUUUGGUAUCCUCGAUCUAUCGCAAUCCCGCUUUUGUUCAGACAGAGUUAACAGCACGCCUAAAGCAGGCAUUUCUGUUAGCUACAGCAUGUCGUGACUUUGAGACAAGAUUAGAUUUCAUGACCAUUCUUGAUUCUAGCAUGUCACGAAAUGCUUACUCAAGGUUGAAAUAUAUAUUUGAAGCCAGUAGUUGGGAUACAAUACCAAACUUCUACUGGAUCAAACAGGCUAACUAUAUAUUACUUGGUGCUAUUAAUACCGAUGAUAAGAUUACGGUGUCAGAAAAUUCUUUAAAGUUUCUUUCGAUUGACGAUGUAGCUCGGGAUAUAGCCAGCACCAAAUUGGAAUAUCCAGAAACACGAGAUGCUGAAAAGUCCCAAGUCAAACUUGAAUUAUUCCGCCAACAAAAUUCGUUUUUUCAACAGAUAAAGGGGCUGAAAGUUUCAGAAUUGUUAAUUCCAUUAAUGCAUCUACAAUUGUUAAGUGAUCAGGAAGCUUAUAAGUUGUGGAAGGAAGUUUUCCCACUGGCAUGGUCUACACUGGAUGCUUAUGAUCGUGAUGAUUUAUCAAAAUCUCUAAUAUAUUUACUCACACGUGAAUUCCACAUUAAGCAAGUUAAUAGUCGUCCGAACGUUAUCGGAACGCUUGUUUCAUCAUUUUGCAAUUGCUCACCAAAGAUUGAAUUACCUCCGCAUCUCGUCAAGUACCUGGGAAAACUAUACGGUAUAUAUCACGAUGCUAUUAUAUUUUUGGAAGGUCAAUUGGAGAAUUCAGCUGAUCUUUACCAGAGUGCCAAAGUCCAAGAGAGCCGUAAUGAUGCCAUAUCUGAAUUGUAUGCUUCCUUAAGUGAGGAAGAUAUGUUCUAUGGACAUGGUCGGCGAACAUCAAAAUAUUUACAAACGCAGGUUGCUUUAUCUUAUGAACAACUGGGUAUGUGGGGAAGAGCUCAACAGUUAUACGAGCAGGCACAGACCAAAGCUAGAAGUGAAGCGUUUCCUUUCUCAGAGUCCGAAUACAAUCUUUGGGAAGAUCAUUGGGUACUAUGCGCUCAAAAGCUACAACAAUGGGAUGUUUUAACAGAGUUGGCAAAGCAUGAAGGUUCAUCAGAGUUGUUGUUGGAAUGUGCCUGGAGAAUCAGCGAUUGGUCUAGCAACCGAGAAUCUUUAGAGGUUGCCAUCAAAAGUCUUUCUGACAUUCCUACACCCAGGAAGCUGACAUUUCAAUCUUUUAUGACCUUACAGAAAUCUCUUAACCAGCCAGCAUCAGUGAAAGAGUUUCAUCAGACUCUAGCCGAAGCUAUUCAUUUAGGUUUGUUAAAGUGGCAUCAGCUUCCUGAAAAAAUCAAUCAAUCACAUUUUCCUCUUUUGCAUUUAUUUCAACAGUUCGUUGAAUUACAGGAGGCUUCUAACAUAUACUCGUAUUUAAGCUCUAUAAAUACUCAAAAUCUUCCUACGAAUGUUCAAUGUAUAAAAAGUGCCUUACAGGUGUGGCAAGAACGUUUACCAAAUGUUUGGGACGAUAUUAGUCUUUGGAGAGAUCUAUUAUCUUGGCGACAAAUAAUUUUUUCAAUGGUUAACCGAAUUUAUCUUCCUUUAAUUCCGAAGGUUCAGUCAACUGGGAGUGAUUCCCCGGCAUCGUCCAAUACUUCGUUUUUCUUUCGCGGUUACCAUGAAACAGCUUGGCUUAUUAACCGAUUUGCACACGUCGCUCGAAAACAUAAGCUUCCUUCCGUUUGCUUGAACCAACUUACAAAGAUUUAUUCUUUGCCGAACAUUGAAAUUCAAGAAGCGUUUUAUAAGCUCCGAGAGCAGGUCCUUUGCUAUUUGCAAAAUCCAAAAGAGCUUAAAAAUGGGCUGGAGAUAGUUUCAAAUACAAAUCUUAUGUAUUUUAACUCUCGUCAAAAGUCUGAAUUUUACUCCCUAAAAGGAAAAUUUUUGGAAAAGCUGGGUAAAGAUGAUGAAGCUAACCAGACUUACGCUGCAGCUGUUCAAAUUGAUUUGGGCUUGUCGGAAGCGUGGGCAGAAUGGGGCCGAUACAACGAUAUAAAUUUCCGGAAGUCGCCAGAAAACAUUAAUGCUGCAUGUAACGCAGUUAGCUGCUAUCUUCAAGCCGCUGGUACCUAUGAGACUUAUCACGCUAGGAAAAUGUUAGCUAGAGUCUUGUGGAUUUUAAGCUUGGAUAAUGACGAGAAAUUAAUAACGAAGAGUUAUGAAUCUUACAAAGGCGAAAUUCCAGGAUGGCACUGGCUUACUUUUAUUCCGCAGCUUCUUAGUAACCUUGCUAAAAAUGAUAAACGAAUUGCCCCGCAAGUCUUAAAGAAGAUAGCCAAGUCUUAUCCCCAAGCAUUAUUCUUCCUUUUGCGGACCUCUAGAGAGGAGUUAUUUCAAUUGAAACGGGCUGAAUCUAAAGGCCAGGAAAAACUGGCAGUAAAAUCAGAGACAGCAGAGGAUAUUCUUGAGAAACCUUCUUGGGAUUAUGCUGAUGAAAUAAUGUCAAUUCUAAAAACGGCGUAUCCAUUGAUGGCUUUAACUAUGGAAACUUUGGUUGAUCAAAUCCAAUCCCGUUUUAAAGGAGAAAAUGAUGAAGACACAUUUAGACUUAUAACUGCUUUGUUAAAUGAUGCUAUGCAGCAUAGUAUUCGGUCUGGUAUAUUGACUGAAGAAACUAAACGUCCAUCCUCAACGGAAUCGAAUUUGAGUUUAUUCGUGGAUAAUAUUUUACCACUUCCAUAUAAGGAGAAGUUUAGGCAAGAAUUUAUAGACACUCCAGUGGGAUUGAAAGCAUAUAUCAGACAAUUGAGAAAGUGGAGAUCCUACUUUGAAAGUCUUCUUGGUAAAGCUUCUAAAAAACAAUAUUUGGAGUAUUAUAGCUCCUUCUUAUGUGAAUUUCACCAUCAGAAGUUUGAAGAAAUUGAAGUUUUUGGACAAUAUCUAUCACAUAAAGAUAACAACAACAAUUUCUCGUGCAUCGAACGGUUCUUGCCUGAAGUUGAGUUUGUCGUCGGACACGGUGUCUGUUAUCGGAAAAUAACUGUUCGUGACAAUGGUGGAAAGCUUCAUUCCUUCAUAGUCCAAUAUCCUUCUGGUAGGAAUAGUCGACGUGAAGAACGAAUUAUGCAGUUUACAAGAUAUUUAAACGAUGCACUAAACGCUAAUACAGAAACAAGACGUCGUUGUCUAAACUUUUACGUACCUUCGGCAGUACCACUAUCGUCUCAUAUACGGUUGUUAGAGGAUCAACCAUCUUCUGUAUCGUUACAGACAGUUUAUGAAGAUUAUAGUGACGUCCGAAAGUUUGCAAAAGAUGAACCAGCAAAUGUUUUUACUGACGAAUUGUCAAAGUGGAUGCAAAGUGCAGCAUCGCGAUUUACUUCUGAAUCUAGCGAAAGUGAGAAAUUAGCUACAAGGAAAGAACUAUUUGCAAAACGGAUCACAAUUUUUGAAGAAAUCCAGAAGUUGUUUGUUCCUACUACGAUGUUAAAAGAUUACUUUAACAAUACCUUUACGAAUUUUUCUGAUUUCUGGCUUUUCAGGAAGAGUUUCUCUUACCAAUAUGCGUGCUUUAGCUUUUUGACUUAUAUAUUAAGUAUAAAUAGCCGGGUUCCUUCUAAAAUAUAUUUUUCUAAAGAGUCUGGUAGCGUCUGGAGUAGCGAAGCUUUGCCUGCGAUGAUUUCUUCAUCUCCCGUUUACCACAAUGGAGAAGUGGUUCCUUUCAGGUUUACUCCCAACAUCAACGAGUUUAUCGGAAGAACAUGUAGGGAUGGUUUACUUGGUCCUUCAAUAAUGGCCAUUGCUCGUGCCCUAUCCAAACCAGAUUUUGAUUUAAGUAUGCUACUAGGCAUCUUUGUUGCGGAUGACGUGCAAUGGUGGAUUAAUCAACACACUAAGGUCCAAACUGCUAGCUUUGAUUUUAGAGAGAAAGUGAAUAGCAAUUCUGACUUAAUUGUUCGCAGGGUAGCGUCAUUAAGUCAGGUAGCUUAUGGUAACUUACCUGUCAAUCAGACCGCUAUUGACUAUUUAACUCAGGCAUCGAGUUCUAAAGUUUUAGCCCAGAUGGAUGUACUCUGGGCUCCGUGGAUUUAA